AGGAUGUUGAGAUAAACUCUUAUAAGUCCCACAGAACAAACAAGACUCCAAACAAUGAGUCCCAUCAACAGACCACAGUGCCAACAAUGGAUGAUCAAAGCAUAUGCCAGGUGUGAAGAUCUACAAGGAGGUAAUGCACCGAAAGUAUUUUCGAUGUGGCACCUUUGCGAUACCCCAGCUGUCUAUAAGGAUGUGGAUUUCAUAACUUCCGCUGACUGCCAUAAGCUGAAGCGAGAACUGGACUGGGAACAGAGAGUCCCGGAGGUGGAUUACCUGGUCAUAACAGUUGGUGUCAUCCUAGCCGUUGCUUCCAUCUUUGUUCUCUUACUUCUUCUUCUGUGUGGAUUGAAGUGGCGACACAGAACAAAAACGCAUUGUGUGGGUGAGCAUCCCGUACAGCAAGACGCUCCAACCGAAACACCUCUGGUAAAAAAGAAAAAGAAGCUCAACUUCACAAAGUGGAUGCGCCGAAGCUGUCGCUUUUGUUGUUUGCAAAGCGAGGCGCAGGUACGAAGGCACGAGCUAAAGACCAAGAAACAGGUAGCCGUCCACAAGAAACGCAGCCAGCGGAAACUCGAUGCGUGGACCAAAGCCCGGGAGCUGAAUGCGCAGAGGAAAAAAGAAAAGCUAGAGCGAAGAAAACAGAAGGAAUAUGAUCAAAUGCAUAAAGAUAUGCAAAAAUAUUAAACUUUUUUGUUGUCCUAAAUGUUGGUUUAUCAAGGUCAAAGAGUAGUUGAAUACUAUAUACUAUUAGUAUCUCUUAUAAUAUUUUUACAAUCUAAUAAAAUUAUGUUCUCGGA